AUUGUAUAAUGUUUAUUAUUUAUAGAAAAAUAAUAAAAAUACUCUUGGUUAAAAUACGUAAGCACGUGAGAUUCACAAGUUGAAGAAAUUGUAUAAUGUUCAAUUGCUCAUGUCGAGGCAUAGCAGAGCAGAACACCUAUUAUUCUUCAUAAUCAAAGCUCAGAAGCUCAGGUAAGCUAAGAAAAUCAAGCAGAAUCCAUGGAGCAAAGGAAGGGAAGAAGAUUGGUUCUUUUUCCAUUACCACUGCAAGGCCACAUCAACCCAAUGAUUCAACUAGCAAACAUUCUCCAUUCCAAAGGCUUCUCCAUCACAAUAAUCCACACCACCUUCAACUCUCCAGACUCUUCAAAAUAUCCCCACUUCAACUUCCAUUUCAUUCAAGAAAACUUGACAGAGACUGAGGCCUCAACAACAGAUGUCUUAGCUUUACUUUCACUUCUUAACAUCAAAUGUGUUGGCCCGUUUCAAGAUUGCUUGUCUAGAUUGUUAUCUGAUGUUUCUGAUGAACCUGUUUCUUGCUUGAUCUCAGAUGCUAUCUUUCACUUCACACAAUCUGUUUCUAAUAGCCUUAACCUUCCAAGGCUUGUGUUGAGAACUAGUGGCGCUUCUUCUUUUCUUAUUUUUUCUACCUUCCCAUUUCUAAGGGAAAAAGGGUACCUCCCAAUUCAAGAAUCUCAAAUAGAAGAGCCAGUGGUAGAGUUUCCGCCAUUGAAGGUGAAGGAUCUUCCAGUGGUCAAAACAUGCCACCCAGAACUACUCUAUCAAUUAGUGGUCAACAUGGUUAAUGAAACAAAGUCAUCUUCAGGAAUCAUUUGGAACACAUUUGAAGAGCUUGAGCAAUCUGCAUUAGCUACAAUUCGCCAUGAAUUUCACAUCCCAGUAUUCCCAAUAGGCCCAUUUCACAAAUGCUCUCAUGCUUUAUCAAGUAGCUUGUUAACUCAAGAUCAAAGCUGCAUUUCUUGGCUAGACAAACAAGCACCAAAAUCAGUAAUAUAUGUGAGUUUUGGUAGCAUAGCUGCAAUAACUGAAGCUGAGUUUUUGGAGAUAGCUUGGGGGUUAGCCAACAGCAAGCAACCAUUCUUGUGGGUGGUUCGACCCGGAUUAGUCCAAGGCAAGCAAUGGCUCGAGCAUCUCCCUAAUGGGUUUCUAGAGGAUGUAAAUGAGAGAGGACACAUAGUGAAAUGGGCUCCACAAUUGCAAGUGCUGGCUCAUCAAGCUGUUGCUACAUUCUGGACACACAAUGGAUGGAACUCCACAUUGGAGAGUAUAUGUGAAGGAGUUCCUAUGAUUUGUAUGCCUUGCUUCAGUGACCAAGGAGUUAAUGCAAGAUUUGUAAGUGAUGUGUGGAGAGUUGGGGUUCAGAUAGAAAGUGGGCUGAAAAGAGAGAAGGUGGAGGAGAUUAUCAGAAGAUUAAUGGUGGAGGAAGAAGGAGAAGAGAUCAGAAACAGGACCUUGAAUUUGAAGGAGAAGGCAAAGCUUUGCCUGAGCAAAGAUGGGUCUUCAAGCCAAUCUUUGGAUGGCUUGAUUAGUCAUAUUUUAUCAUUAGAGUCUUUUAUUUUUCAGGCAUAAUGAUAAGACAUUGUUGUUAGGACAUUCAAUAAGCCAGCGAUGCCUAAUUAAACUGUGAUUGUGAUGUGGGUGUUUUCCAAAUUUGUGGGUCUUGUUUUAGAAUCUUGUCGAAAUUUAACUAAAGAAAAAUUUGAGCUCCAAA